AUGGCAGAUGCGAACCAGGCUCACGCCUGUUCAUCGCCAGACUUACUUCCUCCUUCAACCGGUAAUGUCAAGAGGCGAGAAGAUUACAUGCUAGAAGGUGUUGCCACAACUAUAAUGGUGCUGCUAAAGUUAGUCCAAGAUCACAAUGAAGCAUGCAGCAAAAAUGGCGAUGACCGUAAGAAGCAAAGAUUAGCUGGGAUUAUGAACAUCCUCGACGAUGUCAGGACUCGAGUCCAAAAGUCUCAGUGCGGCGAUAAUAGAAGGGAAGCAGAGCUGAGGCGAUGCCACACAGAACUUAGGCCUAGAAGUGGAAAGAAGGACAAGAAGCCCGAGGAGAUCGUUGUCGAUGAGAAGGAAAAGAUAAGGAAAGCCCUAAACGCAAGUUUGGCGGCUCAAAAGAGCCUUGAGAUGAUGUGUUCUAGCCUUGGAAAAGAAAAGGAGAUAAUGGCAGCAGAGCUCACGAAAAAGGUACAUGAGUUGGAUGGAAUGGAGGAGGAUCUCAACGAUCUCACGGCACAAAACGAGAAGUUGCUGGCUAAAGUAAAGGCUUGUGCCACGGAGCACAAGGAGAAGCAUGGCGGAGAAGCUCACAAGGACGUCACGCUACAAGAGCGUAACAAAGAACUCUCGGAACAGCUUCUCAAGUCGCUCGAGGGCUACAGGUCUUUGAAGAGGAAGUUUAGAGACUCGCAGGAGGAAAAUAGGGAAUUGAGGAUGACAAUGGAAGAAUUAGGCAUGGGGAUCACGAGCGGACUUGAUCUAGUGAACAGCUUCCGGCAACGUGUGCCAUCCAUGGAUAUCUGUGGGGAGAUAUCUGAAUUAGAGAACUUGCUCCAAUGCUUUGAGAUGAAGGUAACAAAUCACAGACAGAAGGGUGUCACUGCUCCAAAACCAAAGGCUGAGAUCAGUACCAACAAGGCUUUUCGCGUUGCCUAA